AUGGCGUUGUUUAAGCUUCCAAAGUGUGUUGCAAAGGAGUUAGAUAGAUUGCAAGCAAUCUUUUUGUGGAGGGACUCUGAGAUGAAAAAGAAAAUACAUCUGGUAAAGUGGAGGGAGGUCACUAUGAACUUGAAGCAAGGGGGUGUAGGGAUUAGAGAUACAAGGUUUGCAAAUCAGAGCUUGUUGGUUAAAUGGUGGUGGAGGUUUGCCUUGGAGGAUGAUUCAUUGUGGAAGCAAGUUGCAGAGCUUUUUUUUGCGGAGUAUAUGGAAAUUAUGAUUGGGAAUGGUUGUAGAAUCCUUUUCUAUGGGACCCUUACUGAGCUUAUUAAAGUAAGGAUCGCAAUAUGGCUGAAAGCUAUGGAUGCUCAUUGCCGUUACUCUAUUAAUGAUAUUGUGCAGAAUUUCCAACAGUGUUUGGCAUUGGUGAAGAUGCUGAAAAUUGGAAUUGCUGCAGUGUUUGGCAUUGGUGAAGUUGUUAAAAAUUGGAAUUGUUGUCUGGAUUAUGAUACAGUGUUUGGAUUAAAAUUGCUGGUGCAUGAUUCGGUUAUGAGGUGCAGAAAGGUAGUUGCUGUUUACUGGAAGCUUACGGAUUUGGUCAGGGUGGAAAGAUGCUGCUGCUGCGGGAGCGUUGCUGUUGAGAUGACAGCAGAGUUUCAUGUUGCCUCACCACUUGUUGAGACUAGAGAGAGUUACUUUGCAAGGUACUGUAGGCAGUUGGGCUGGAACACCUGGGUUGUGGUUGAUGUUUCUUUGGAAAGUAUUUUUCCUAAUCCAGCAGUCAGAUUUGUGAGGAAGCCAUCUGGCUGUUUCAUCCAAGGAAUCGGAAAUGGAUACUCGAAGGUGACAUGGAUUGAACACACUGAAGUGGAUAACGCAUCGGUACAUUAUUUGUUCAAGCCACUGGUCACUUCAGGUUUUGCGUUUAGUGCACAACGAUGGGUUGGAACCCUAGCUCGCCAAUGUGACCGUGUUGCUGCAUUUAUGGACGAGAGUGUGAUGAUACUGAGAGAUGGAAGGAAGAAUCUAUUGAUGCUGGCAGAUAGAAUGAUGAGAAGCUACCAUAGCAGCGUGAGCAGCAGCCCCAUUGAAAAUCUAUGGCAACCAAUACCUGUGGAUGGUGGUGAGGACAUCAUGGUCACAACAAAGCACAACUUUGGAGAUGAUUCACAAACUCCUGUUGGUGUCUAUGUAACCGUUGCAACCACCAUUUGGGUUCCAGCCCAACCACGUCAUGUUUUUCACUUCCUUCGAAAUGGGGAUCAUCGUAACAUGUGGGAUCUGCUCUCUGUCAACCUCAAUACCCGAGAAAUAGCUCACGUUACUACUAGCCGUGACCUUGGAAACUGUGUUUCAAUCAUAGCAAUAGAUACUUCACCACUGAUAUUUUACAUGCAAGAGAGCCAAACCAACUCAACCGGUUCAUACGUGGUUUAUGCACCUGUUGACAUACUUGCUGUGAACUCGGUACUAGAUGGUGGAGAUCCGGAUAAAGUUCAGAUGUUGUCCUCCGGCUUCGCCAUCCUCCCCGACAGGCCUACAAUGCAUGGGGAGGAGAUUGGAGGGACUCUCCUCACCAUAGCAUUUCAGAUGUUGGAUGAAUCUGUAUCGACCCGGGACUAUCUACCUUCAUCAUCAGUGACGACACUUUACACCAUCAUCACUCGAACUGCUGCUAUGAUCAGGGCUAGAGUGAUUCUCUGA